AUUGAAUAUAUUUGCACUGUUUCCACCUGCCCCCAGACCCACCUGCCUGUGCCCUCUUCUGUGCAUCCUGGGGUGACUCCAGCUCAUGGAAAGGUUGAAGUCUUCGCUCAAGUUCCUCCAUGGAGCCAUCACCGACGAUAAGCCCACAGCUCCUACCUUCUUCCACCUCCACGGCAACGACUCUCCCACUACCUCAUCCAACCCUUCCCUCGUCGACCAAAGUUAUCUGACCAUGCCCUCCUCCUCCUCCUCCUCUUCCUCCUCCUCCUCGAGGACCAUCAGAGCCGUCGACGACAUCGAAAGCUUCUCGCUAGGAAAGGUAAGUUCCAAACGCUUCUUCUUCUCCCCGCUCACCACGAACUCCAUAAUGGAGGAGGCCAAGCUGAAAGCUGCCAACGGCGACUACUCGCGGGGCUGCUCCUUUUGCGACGGCUGCAUGACCAUCGCCAUCGCCUCGCGGGACCCCUAUCGUGACUUCCGCACGUCGAUGGAGGAGAUGGUGGCGGCGCACGGACUCCGCGAUUGGCCUCGCCUCGAGGAACUGUUGCAUUGCUACCUGCGGCUGAACGAGGAGAAACACCACAGGGUCAUCGUCCUCGCGUUUGCCUAUCUGUUAUUGCAGUUCUAGCUGAUCUUGUAAUAUUCCUUUAAUUUUGUGGGAGGAUGGUGCUAGCGCUCUUCUCUCUGCUCUGCUUAGUGGUUUUCUAUUCCUAUAGAGGAUGCUUUCUCCCAACUACUCCAUGAUUCGCCUGCUUCCAGUUAUAUUAUUGAACACUUGCUGAUGUGCGCUGCAGUGUACUUCUCCACUGAUCACUGUUCACGCUUGUUGGGUGGGAUUCCGCAUUCUCCCAAAACGCCACAUGGUGCUCUUACUCUGUGAGGAAGAAAGGCUAGAUAUGGGCCAACAAAAUGUCUCUGCAUCAUCCUUGCCCAUGGCUCGACAUGGCAUUUCUUGCAUCAGCUAGCACUGCCCUCUACCACAUGCUCUGGGCCUCAUUAACUGCCGCACAAGAGAGUACAGGUUGAGAGUUGAUGCCUAUUCCUAUUCCUAUUCCUAUUCCCAUGCUUAUAAACGUACAGAUCAGGGCAUUCUUUGAUUAAAUUAUAAUAGAUAGAUGCUAUCUCCAAUUCUCCAUCCGCUUUUGCUUAAUCCUCUUCCAC